AUGGAACCUGAUAUGGCUUUAGAGAUGACCCACAAUCUGAAGGAUAAUGGAUGUCCUAUUCAUGUUCUCCAUGCUGAUAAUGAUUCGACCACAACAGCAAGAUUAAAGGUUGAUUUUAAAGAACUGCAAAAGAAAGAUGACCAGAACCAUAUCAAGAAAGGUUUUUCUAAGAAACUUACUAGAGCUGGAACAUUGCAGAAUAUGGGAUCAACACAGGGAAACGAAAAUUUCAACCAGAUUGUGGCAAGCAAAGCCCCAAAGUCACGGUUUUAUGGUGGAUCAUCAUCAUUAAGCAAUAGGUUAUCUGCCUCAGUAUUACAGAAGAAUGAAGGCUAUACAUGGCUGUCAAAGGUAAAUGAGGCUUCUUUAUUGUCUCCAGGACAACAUACACUGAGAAUUGGUAAAAGAAUGGACAAGAAAUUGAAAAGAGAAAGAGAAAGGCAAAAUACCAAAGAAUUUAAAAGAAGGCGUAUUCAAUUGAAAAAACAAAAGAAGAAAUCUGAGUUUAGGUCAAAGGUAAAAGAAGGCACAACUUAUGAAAACAAUGCAGAAGUUAAUGAACCUAUGCCAGAUAUCCAGGAAAUACCCUCACCAUUAACCAUAAAUGAGUCUGACAACUUUGUAUUUUUUUAUUUGGAAACUAAUGGUUUGUCAAGGAAUAGUGACAUAACUCAAAUUGCUGCAGCCUGUGGUUCAAAUACAUUUCAACGUUAUUUUAUUCCAAGAACGGAAAUUACUCAAGAAGCAAGUACGAUAACUGGUAUAACAUUUUCACAUUCUUCAAACAAAAUGUAUGUAAAAUGA